GCAAUCCAAGGAAACCAAGUCUCGUCCCACCUAUCCCCGUGGGAUUGUGUAGUGGGAAGGGGUACGUUAGCGUUUGCGUGCGCGUAGCAACUCCCCACGCAAAGCCGCCGCCGUUCCCUCUCGUCUUCCCCAGUUCCCCUACGCCGGUAAUCCCACGUCCUAUCAGCCGCCGAUCCAGCCUUGCUUCCAUCCAUCCAUCCAUCCAUCUCGUCGCUUCUCUCUGUUCCGCGUGCGAUCGAGUAGAUCAAAAGGAGGAGGAGGAUGGCGAGGAGUUCGUUCAAGUUGGAGCACCCCUUCGGUUUGCCGGACUGCUCGUAGUAAUCUGUAGGCUGGAUUGAUGGAACUUGAUGAAGAAAGGAGGCAAGCUGAGGCUAACCGCAUCAGGGAGAAAUACCCUGACAGAAUCCCUGUCAUUGUUGAGAAGGCCGAGAGGAGUGACAUCCCAGACAUUGACAAGAAAAAGUCAGCCAUUUCACGAGUACCUUGUUCCUGCCGACCUCACAGUCGGACAGUUUGUGUAUGUGGUACGGAAGCGGAUCAAGCUCAGCGCUGAGAAGGCAAUCUUCAUCUUCGUAAAGAACACCCUCCCACCAACAGCUGCUCUGAUGUCCGCCAUCUACGAGGAGAACAAGGACGAGGACGGCUUCCUCUACAUGACGUACAGCGGCGAGAACACCUUCGGGCUGUUCUGAGUGGGAGCCGCUAUGGAUCCACAUUGGGCAAUGCCUCCUGUAAAUACUAAACAUGCAUCACAAGAAUCUGUGUCCAUAGCAUAAUCUGGUCUGUCUGUCAUUACGCAACUUGACGUGCAAUGCUAAACACAUUUAAGUAAUAAUAUAUACUACUCUGCUUUGGGAUGCUUCAGAAAUUA